AAUCAACAGGUUGGCACAGGAGGACUUUCAACAGUCAAAAGAAUUAACAACCAAGAGGCAACCGUUUAUAUUGUACAACAAUAGCUCUUCCAAAGAAAGAGUUGAGUUCACCUCAUUCAGUGAAGCCAUCGUGCGACUUGAUAUGAGUGGUGCUGUAAGGGAUAUCAAGAGGGCAAAUUAUAUGACAAAGCUUCUCUCGCAAAUAUUGGAGACAAAACUGCCCAGUCUCAGUGGAACUUCACAGAAACAUAUCUUAAACAUUCUGGAGUCAAUGGUCAAUGAAGCUAUAAAGACAGAACUGAACAUUGGUUUGAUGAAGGAUCUGCUAGACUGUGCUCAUGAUGCCCUGAAGGAAGGCAAACAUUACCACAUCGGCAGUCAAUGUUUAUGGUCAAAGCACAAUGAAACUGUGGACAGAUUGAAAGACAAAUUGGCAGAGUAUCAGCUAAAAGAGAGAAACAAAGAUGGCAAACUUAUGUUGGCAGAUCUUCCAACAGAUUGUUUGAGAGUCAUAUUCUCACAAAUACCAGACCAUAAAGAUGUCCUAAGGGCAGGACAGACGAGCAUGACGCUUAAUCAGGUUACUGAAGAGAGCAGUUUGUGGAGAGGAAUGUGUUUGUAUCACUUCAGCAAUCGUCAGAUCAUGACUUUUCUUCCAAAAGAUCUUGAAAGUGUUGAAGUUGACUGGAAGUACAUUUACAGAAGAUGCUACAAGCGAUUUGGGAGGAAAGACGCCUUUGCUGACAUGCUCGCUAUUUGUUGCCAGUGUGACAGCAUCCAUUGGAAGUCUCUGGGACACCCAUGCAUCAGUGAUCAAAAGUGCAAAGUUAAGGAACUGACUCCUGAAGACUUCAUGUUGUUAUUCAAGCUGUGAUUCAACAUUUUUUUCGCCUAUUGUGACUGACUCAAAGUGUUACAAGAGUGUGAUCUCAUUUUUUGACAUAAUUUUAUUUGAUGUACGACAUGGGUAUAUGAUUGAAGUACUUAUAAUCCUUUUGAUUCCUUUCACAAUUGUGUCAUUAUAUUAUAAUGACACAAUUGUGAAAGGAAUCAAAAGGAUUUUUUAAAUAUUCACUUUGUCUCAUACUCAGGUUCACAUAAUCGUGAAGGGGAGAAAGGCGUUGUAUAUGUAUUUUCUGUACUCAGAUUUUUGUUUUGUUUACAGUUCUAAUAAUUUAUUUAGACCCAUUAUUUUUGUGGCAGGUAUAAAUUGCUGUUUUUAUAUUGGAAUUGAAUAAGCGAUGGUGGCUCUUUGUACUUGUGUUUUAAUAUUUGUUAAGAAAGCAGACUACUUUUGUAUAUCAAUUUUGAUCUGCUAUUUUGGCCGUUAUUUUUCCCAAACAGUUUAUGACAGAAAAAUGUAGAUUGCAAUUUUUUUAAAAAUCAGGCUCUGUUAUUGUAACUAUUCAGUUGACAUAAAAUCUUUUGUUUUCACUAGAAAAAGAGAAGAACCAUACUUCAUUCUAAUCUUCAUGACUGUAAAUGUAACUUGUUUAAAGAAUUGUUAAACUAAAAAAAACCUGAUUUACAGACAGUGGUUUAUUUCUGUUUGUUUGACAGUUACUCCAAGUUCUUGAUACAAUUUGAAUGGCUACUGAUAUUUUCUUGAAAGUAUACUUUUUGUUUUAAAAGAUGGACUACCAGAAAGGAAGAACACCUUUGAAACGAUUUCAGAUUGUGCCAUAAGAAAUUGAUGUAUUCUUGUCUAUUUUACAGCCUUUAUACUGUAGAUUGUUAACAGUAUUGUUUUUAUUGUUUCGGUAUUGACUUAAAAGACUUUUUAAGUGUCAAAGGAAAUUCGAACAAAAAAAAAUCGAGUACAAAAUAUCUGAGUAGUUCGUUUGUUAUUGUUAUAGAGCAGAAAAUUGUUCUUCCAAUAGAUAUGCCCAAUGUAAAAUUAGCUGUUUUCUGAUCAAAUCCUCUGACUGUUUUUUAAUUAAUUUUUUUUUUACUCCCAUAUUGUCAGUGAGGGAAAUAAGGGAUAAUGUGAAAAUUCUAAUCACAUCCAACUCAGGGUAUUUUGCAGGUUAUGUAAAAAUAGCUAUGUGAAGGUGAAUAUUUACAAUUCAACGUUUAAUAUUUUCAGUUGCCAAUUUGGAGUUCAGUUCUGAAGAGUAAAAUGCAAAUAAUAUAUGCUCUUUAACACACAGACUCAUGCAUUUAGACAACAUUGUCCACCUCCAUUUUAACUCAUUCUACACCAAACACUGACCUGUGUAGUUUCCAUGUCUCCAAUCUGACCAAACAUGGAUGUGUCAGUGUUUUAGAGUGGCUUUGAUAUUAACGUUCCUUCACAGCAUGUCCCUUUGAUAAUUCAACAAUUUUAAGACAUAUUUCAAAACUUCAGUGAAGUCUCUUAAACUGAAAAAAGUUAACCCAAAAGCCAUGAUGAACUGAUAGAAAACAAAAUCCCCCAAUUUUACUUUCUUCUGUUUGAGCACAAAAAUAAAGUUAGUGUAUGAUUCAUAGAUAUCAUUCAACUUGUGCACUAGUUUAGCAGUUUUUAUUUAUUUUUGUAUUGUUACUUCUUAUGUAAGUUGCCCAACAAAAAAGAAUUCUAGUUUUCAGUUCAUCUCAUUUUAAAGUUUCUUUGCGAUAUUGUGACUUUGUAAUAAUUUACAGCUUUUACAAAAAUUUGGCUGGGUAAGAAAAAGGAGAAAUUUGUAAAUGACAAGUGUUGCCAAUCUACAACUAAUAUUGCAUCAUGUGAUAAGUGAAAUGACUGUGAAUGUAACCUGGUAUGUAUCACUUUGAUUUUGAACUGCCUCAUAUCAAGUAAAGAAUAUUUUUGAUAGUGAAAUUUUUUAAGACGUGUUGUAUGCAUAUAAUAUGUCAUUUAGAAAUUUUUUAAAAAUUGACAAUACUUAAUAAUCUGUGCGGAACAGAACCAAAUUGAAAUGAGGUAUUCAUUAUUGAUUGAUUUUUUAUCUACAUGUCUUCUAAAAGUAGAAUCUCAAAAUAUGAUCAUAUUUUUUUGUCAAUAACAUAUACUUGACAACUGCAUGUACCUUGAAUAACAUCUAUAUCAUGUAAUGUACUUAUUAGAUGAUAAACCCAUACAGCUUUUUUUGUUAUUGUGAUCUAAGGUUGAAAUAAGAAUGAAAAGCGGAUUAAUUUUGCCAUGUCCUUGUUACAAGAAAAAUGAGGAGCUCCAAAUUUUUCUCCUCACACUAUAAAGCGGGUACGAUUGGAGUUUAUAAGCAUUCUUCUUUUGACAGUGAUGGAUUGUCUUUUAGAUGUGGAGCACAUAGAUUCUGAUCUAGACCCUAGUCUGAAAAGAAAAAUAUUGCAGGAAAGGCACCUCCUGAACUUAAACACUAUGCCCCCACUGGACACCGAUCGGCGACGUUAAGAAGCCGUCCCUUUUCCCAACUGGACGCCAAUCGGCGACAGUGUGAUAUAGCAUGUACCGCACCUGUAUCCUGGUUCAUGGGGAUAAGUGUUGCCCGCUCCGGGUGGAAAGUGUUAACAUUUCUGGAAAAAUUUUUAAAUUUUGUAAACCACAAGGCCACAUCAGUCAGCACUUAUGAUGAGAGUAUGGUUUCUUUUACAAAGUGUCCACAGCAGUAAUCUCAGGAUGAAUGUCUUGGUAGCCAUUCAAAAGUGAAGUGAGUGGGGUGGUUUUUUAGAAAAUAGUCACAGAACUCUAGUCACAGAGAAUAACUGUUUUUUUUUCUCCUCCAUUUUGUUCUUGAUGCCAAGUAUAAUGAUUAGCAAAGCAAAGAUUUGAAUUGACUUUGUCAUAGAGAUCUCCAGUUCUGUUAUUGACAACUUGGUUCAGUAUUUUUUCUCAUUCAAAUAUUGGUUCACAGCCACAUCAUUUACACAUAGCAACAUAUUUUGAAGCUUUUAUUGUUGUGUGUUGUGGCAUUUUUUAUAUUUCAAAGCAUUAUACAUGAGCUUUCAGUUUUAUUAACCUUUAUGUACAAAGGAACAUUUAACAAUUUUGAUUCUUUUGAAUAAGGUGUUUUCAGUACAGACAACUUUGUUUGUGAGCAUUCAUGACUAGAGAGAAAGUACCGGUACUAUAAUAUGAUUGAUGUUACAUGUCGUACUCACCUGUGAUUUCAAGGUCAGGAAGAAGUUUGCGGCUGGUGAGAACUGUUGGCAUUCCUCAAGUGGAUUCUGAUUUGUGAUGACAUAUGUAAUGUCAUGUUGUUCCCUGGGACUCAAGAAAAUGAUGUAUGUGUUGUAUAUGUUUUGGCUGUGCAUUAUUUUUAGUCAUGAAAUACCGUAAGGUGAUGAAGAUUUACGUAUUAUGUCAGAGGUAAAGAAAAAAACUGUGGUCUGUUUCCUGUUGAUGCGAUAACGUGCAAGCACUAUCUUAUUGUAGAAAGUUGAUUUUAUGUUUGAAUGUUUGCAUUCAGUGGGGAUGUUCAAGUACAUGCUGUGUACUUUCAUGUAAGAUUUUAAGUCAUGAUAAUCAAGAACUUACUGGAAGGGUUUUUAUCUUAAAACAUGCCUGAGAUAGAAUGCAUCGUUUCCUUUAAAGUUUUAAUGUUCAAUAGAUUUUGUCUCAC